AUGAAGAACUUACAUUUCUUUCUUCAGACCAACAGAAAUAUGCAUCAAGGAAAUCAAACCACCAUCUCUGAAUUCCUUCUUCUGGGACUAUCCAGCCAGACUGAAUAUCAGAUGCUACUUUUUGUGCUUUUCUUGGUUAUGUACCUGGUCACCGUAGUUGGGAAUGGGCUCAUCAUUCUGGCCAUCAGCUUGGAUUCUUACCUUCACAGUCCCAUGUAUCUCUUCCUUGCCAAUCUAGCCUUUGCAGACAUUUCCUCCAUCUCCACCUCAGUCCCCAAGAUGCUGAUGAACAUUCAGACCAAGAGUCAGUCCAUUUCCUAUAAGAGCUGCAUCACCCAGAUGUAUUUUUCAAUUGUGUUUGUUGUCAUUGACAAUUUCCUCUUGGGAGUCAUGGCCUAUGACCGCUUUGUGGCUGUCUGCCACCCUCUGAACUACAUGACCAUCAUGCAACCCAGGAUCUGCAUUUUGCUCACAGUCACCCCUUGGGUUCUUAGUAAUACCGUUGCCAUGACACACACCCUUCUGCUCCUUCAAUUGACCUUCUGUGAUGGCAACACUAUCUCACACUUCUUCUGUGACUUGGCCCCUCUGCUCAAGCUGUCCUGCUCAGACACAAUGAUUAAUGAUCUUAUGCUAUUUGUUGUGGGAUUAUCAGUCAUCACCUUCCCCUUUGUCUUCAUUCUCUUCUCCUACAUCUACAUCGCUAGGGCUGUCCUGAAAAUCUCAUCUACAGAGGGGAAGUGGAAAGCUUUCUCUACCUGUGGUUCUCACCUGACAGUUGUGUUGUUAUUCUAUGGAACCAUCAUAGGGGUCUACUUCCUCCCUAUAACCACUCACCCUGAAGACAGAAAUAAAAUUGGUGCAGUAUUAUUCACCGUGGUGACACCCAUGAUGAACCCCUUCAUUUACAGCCUGAGGAACAAAGAUAUGAAAGGUGCUCUGAUAAAGCUUAUCAAUAACAUUUUUUUUCUCCCUUUGGUACCCUGGGCAUCUAAAUGUAAUUGA